UGUAGCUUCAGAGAAGGAGGAGAAGGGAGACACAUGUCAAUGAUUAUUUUAUAUAACCAGACCAUUCUUAGAAGAUAUACUUUUUACCUCGGUUCCACAGACAUUGGAGAAUUAAGACUUGUGUUGCCAUUCUUCAGAUUUAGGGCUAGAUCUGAAGACUGGGAUCUCUAUCAGCAGUUGUAAAAGGCUAUCGACUAUAAGGGUCCAUUAUGCAGGAGGCUGAACAUCUGUAUGAAUCAACAAUGCCCCAACCAUGGAUGAAUGAUGAGAGGAUCUACUCCAUCCCUAGCAGUCCAGACAGUAUGGAUCUGAGUCCUGACCGCCCUCUAAGCAGAGCAUCAACCAACCUAUCUUCUCAACCUGGUGGAGAUGAUGUGAAUGGAGUUGAGGAGAAUGGCUCCCUAUCCAAACCUAGCUUACAGUUGAUCAUUAGAAAGAAUCCGCUAAACCACAGUUCAUCCCUUUCCCCGUUGUCUACAACACCGACAUCUCCCAAAUCACCAUUUUUGUCAUCAAAUCCGACAUCUCCAAUCUCUCCACGGGAGUACAUCCCACCACAUGGUCUGUACACACGAGUCCUGGACCCCGCUGGGCAAUUGAACAACAACAACCGAAAUGUUGACGAAGUAGAAUACGAGGAGCAGGAAGCGGACAUCUCUCUCUACGUCAAGGCUGGAAGUGAUGGAGAAAGUAUCGGGAAUUGUCCUUUUUCUCAGCGCCUCUUCAUGAUCCUUUGGCUGAAAGGAGUUGUCUUCAAUGUGACCACCGUUGACCUGAAGAGAAAGCCAGCGGACCUGCACAACCUCGCCCCAGGCACACACCCGCCCUUCCUGACCUAUAGUGGAGAGGUAAAAACAGACAUCAACAAGAUAGAAGAAUUCCUGGAGGAGAUCCUGGCACCACCAAGAUACCCUAAGCUUGCUGCAAAGCAUCGCGAGUCAAACACAGCUGGAAUAGACAUCUUCUCAAAAUUCUCAGCGUACAUCAAAAAUACAAAGCAGCAGGAUAAUGCAGCUCUAGAGAAGGGAUUGACGAAAGCACUGAAGAAGCUGGAUGUUUAUCUUAACACACCCCUCACCGAAGAGAUUGACGCAAACAGUCGAGAGGAAGAAAAGGUUUCUCGAAGGAAAUUCCUGGAUGGAGAUGAAUUCACACUUGCUGACUGCAAUCUUCUACCCAAGCUUCAUGUGGUCAAGAUUGUGGCCAAGAAGUAUCGCAACUAUGAAAUCCCAGCAGAGAUGACAGGGGUGUGGAGGUACCUUAAGAACGCCUAUGCCAGAGAUGAAUUCACCAAUACAUGCGCCGCGGACAAAGAGACAGAGCUGGCCUAUGCCGAUGUAGCGAAGAGGCUCUCAAAGUCCUAACAGCCAAGAAAAUGCCACCAAAUAUAGUAUUCUCUUUCACAAAGACUACUCUCUUUGGUUGCCCUAGGAUGGACCUCCUCCUGUCUGACCAUGAUGACAUAAUUAUCUCAGCUUCCAGAUACACCACCGCUAUACCUAUCUACAAGUAUGGCCCUAAUCCAAUGAUAAUUCUCAAUCUUCAAUUUGUUUUUAGUCAUAUUAAAAUUAAAGACAAUGAUCCAAGACCCACCUCCCAUAAUUUCCAUCCUAGAUUGAAGGCAAUACCCGUUAUCCUAUAUAAAGUAUUUUUGUAAUGUAAGCUCGCUUCUUUAAAGGUGAUUUAUAAAAUGUAUUAUAUCAAAGUAAAUUGUAUAAUAUAUAUAUAUAUGAUUCA